ACAAGGCUUUGCGAAUUGUAUUCCGAUUGUCUGGUCCAUAGUUUUUUCCAGACCAGCAUAUAAACCGCACUGCGUGUGCGACGUUUAUGACUAUUCUUCAGAGACAAACGAUAAUAACCUACUAAGAACACAAUCGAAUCAACCGCAAUGUCGCCUGCGGAAGAAGUCGUAGACGAUGAAACUCAGGAAAAAAAAUUAGCCAAACACGAUGCGUCGAACGCGGCGGACUUGGAGAAGGUGACGGACUUCCACGAAGAGCAGGAGCUCAGUGGAGGCGAUCUCGAAAUAGCUCUUAAAGCAAUUACGGAAAAGCGACAUAAAGAAGUGCAGAAACGCGUAGAGCACCUACAAAAGUUGGCAGCUGUGAAAAUUAACAAGGAGGACGUUGACGUGAUCGUUCGAGAGAUGGAACUACCGAAGAACAAAGCCGAAACCUGCCUUCGACAAGCUGGUGGUGAUCUUGUGCAAGCCCUUCUCGACCUUACCAAUAAUUGAGCCUUCGACGUACAUAAACGUAAUAAUAUAUAUUAUAUAAAUUCGUACAUGCGCUGGA